AUGGCCUUGAUCAUGAGGGAUAUGGUCAUCAUGGUCUUGAACACUAUGGAGAUCAUCAUGGUCUGGAGCAUGAAGGCUAUGGCCAUCAUGGUCUUGAACAUCAUGGCCUUGAGCAUCAUGGAGACCAUCACGGAUACGGUCAUGGUAUUGAACAUCAUGGCUUCGAACAUGGACAUCAUGGACUCGAACACUAUGGCUUGGACCAUCACGGAGAACAUCAUGGACUUGAACAUGACGGAUAUGGUCAUCAUGGCUUGGAACAUCAUGGCUUAGAGCAUCAUGGGGACCAUCACGGAUACGGUCAUGGUCUAGAACAUCACGGAUUUGAACAUGGACGUCAUGGACUUGAUCAUCACGGAUUUGAACAUGGAGAUCAUCAUGGUCUUGAACAUGGUCACCACGGAUUCGAACAUGGUCAUCAUGGCCUUGAACAUGGCUUCGGACAUCAUGGAGAUCAUUUCUAAGCCAAUCACACUUAAAAUUCAUAAUGCUGGAGUUCAAUUUGGAUUCGCAUUUGAUUAG